UGCCUGCAAUGGCGUUGAGGCGCCGCGGCGGUGGCUGCCUCCUGUCAGGCGGGCGGCGGCAGCUGCCGUUCUCCGGAGAGGCGCCGAGCCGCCGCGGGCCGGAGGAGGAGCGGGGGCAGCGCUGAGGCUGGAGGGGUAGGGGAGCCCGCCGCUGCUCUCGGCCGGGUUAAAUCAGCUGUUGUUCUUGAGAGCCCUCACUUGUGCUGCUGUGUCAGAAUUGACUGCGAGUGUGUAGAUACUUGUCUCCAGAUCUUCUGUCAAGUAUGGCCCUGCUGAAGGGCAGUGCCCCCUAAGAAAAACACUCCUCAAGCAGCAUCUCAGCUUUUAGAGACUACUGAAAGCAGUGCUGCAGAAGCUAUGUAAGCUGGUUUUGCUCUUCUAGUGUAAACAUGAUGAAAACGGAGUCUUCAGGAGAAAGAUCAACCCUCCGAAGUGCCUCUCCUCACAGGAAUGCUUACAGAACUGAGUUCCAGGCGCUAAAAAGCACCUUUGACAAACCAAAAUCAGAUGGAGACCAAAAAACGAAAGAGGAAGGAGAGGCCUUGCAGAGCAGGGGAAGGAAAUACGGCUCCAAUGUCAACAGAAUUAAGAACUUAUUUAUGCAGAUGGGCAUGGAGCCCACUGAAAGUGCUGGAGUUACCCCUAAAACCAGGGGGAAGGGUGGCCCUCCAUCACCUCAAAGACGAAUUAGGCCUAAAGAAUUUGUAGAAAAAGCGGAUGGGUCAAUCGUAAAAUUGGAGUCAUCUGUCUCAGAAAGGAUUAGUAGAUUUGAUACUAUCCAUGAUGGUCCUUCCUAUUCCAAGUUUACUGAAACUCGGAAGAUGUUUGAGCGAAAUGCUCACGAAAUGGGACAUUCCAAUCGCUAUUCCCCAAAGAAAGAGAAAGUCGUUUCCAACGAGCUUCCGGAUGAGUGGUGUAGCUCUAAGUCUCACAGAGGCAGCAUGGAUUCUCUGGACAGUCUUAGCCCAAGGACAGAGACCGUCUCUCCAACUGUCAGUCAGCUCAGCGCAGUUUUUGAAAACACUGACUCACACAAUGUAAUCGUUGUAGAAAAGUCAGAAAACAACGAGGAGUACUCUGUAACUGGUCACUAUCCACUAAACCUCUCCUCUACUGUUGCCAAUAUCUCCUCCCCAGCAGCGAACCUGGAGGGUUUCAGUCCUUUGAAAGAUGGUGGCACAUGGUCUCCCCCAGCCAAACAGAGUACAGGCAUGAUGUCUGUUGAGAACUCUCAGCAGAAUAGCACCCCCUCAGCACCGAGACAGAAGGUGUCCACAGGCACAUCAGCAGGUUCGCGAGCAACUGAAGAAGGGAAGAAGGGUACAGAGGCAAGUGCUGAUUCUGUUGAGAGCUCUGCAGGAAGUCAACAGGAUUUGGUCAGUGUGGUCGACAGUGAAAGAUCUGUGGACAGCUGUACAAGGAGUAAGUCAAAAACAGAGACAGAAGUUUUGUUGCAACAAAAGGAACGAUCAGAACGUGCAGAGGGUAUCUUUGAUAGACCCGAAGCUGCAGAAUUACCGAGAAAUGUAGCUCCAGGUGGUGAUUUUGCCACAGAUGCUGUCUCAGAUGCUACUGAGUCCCAUUAUGAUGAGGCAAGCGAAAAAGAAGUGCAUGAAGAUGUGAAUAACUUUCAGAGUUCCCAUGUGUACAUGCACUCCGACUACAAUGUAUAUCGGGUACGAUCGAGAUACAAUUCUGACUGGGGAGAGACAGGUACAGAGCAGGAUGAUCAGGAUGACAGUGAUGAAAAUAACUGUUAUGAACCUGACACGGAAUAUUCUGAAAUUAGUGGAUUGCCAGAUGAAGAUGAAAUCCCACCCAACAGAAAAAUACAGUUUAGCCGUGCUCCAAUUAAGGUUUUCAAUACAUAUUCCAAUGAAGACUAUGACAGGAGAAAUGAUGAAGUUGACCCAGUGGCUGCAUCAGCUGAAUAUGAACUCGAGAAGCGUGUGGAAAAGCUGGAGCUCUUCCCAGUUGAGCUAGAAAAAGAUGAUGAUGGACUUGGCAUAAGCAUUAUUGGAAUGGGAGUUGGAGCAGAUGCAGGCCUUGAAAAACUGGGAAUAUUUGUCAAAACAGUAACAGAAGGUGGGGCAGCAGAAAGAGAUGGCAGGAUCCAAGUGAAUGACCAAAUUGUGGAAGUUGAUGGAAUUAGUCUGGUUGGUGUUACGCAGAAUUUUGCUGCAACUGUUCUUAGAAACACCAAAGGGAAAGUCAGGUUUGUGAUUGGGCGAGAAAAACCAGGACAAGUGAGCGAAGUUGCACAGCUGAUCAGCCAAACCCUAGAACAAGAACGCCGCCAGAGAGAGCUGCUGGAGCAGCAUUAUGCACAGUAUGAUGCAGAUGAUGAUGAGACAGGGGAAUAUGCUACAGAUGAAGAAGAUGAAGACAUGGGACCUGUCCUUCCAGGAGGUGACAUGGCUAUUGAAGUGUUUGAUCUCCCUGAAAAUGAUGACAUGUUCUCUCCCAGUGAUGUGGACACCAGCAAGCUUGCUCACAAAUUCAAAGAGUUGCAAAUCAAACAUGCAGUUACAGAAGCUGAAAUUCAGAAGCUGAAGACAAAGCUGCAGGCUGCUGAGAACGAGAAGGUGAGGUGGGAAUUGGAGAAGACCCAACUCCAGCAGAACAUUGAGGAGAAUAAGGAAAGGAUGAUGAAAUUAGAGAGUUACUGGAUUGAGGCCCAAACCCUGUGUCACACGGUGAAUGAGCACCUCAAGGAGACGCAAAGCCAGUAUCAGGCUCUGGAGAAGAAAUAUAACAAGGCAAAGAAAUUAAUCAAGGAUUUUCAGCAAAAAGAACUUGACUUCAUCAAACGCCAGGAAGCUGAACGAAAGAAAAUAGAAGAUUUGGAAAAAGCACACCUUGCAGAGGUCCAAGGCUUACAAGCUCGUAUACGAGAUUUGGAAGCAGAAGUUUUCAGGCUCAUGAAGCAAAACGGGAGCCAGGUUAACAACAACAACAACAUUUUUGAAAGGCAGACAUCUUUUGGAGAAGUCUCUAGAGGAGACCCAGUGGAAAAUCUAGAUACCAAGCAAGUGUCCUGCCUGGAUGGCUUAAAUCAAGAUUUCAAUGAAGCAGUGCCAGAAACAGAGAGACUGGACUCCAAAGCUCUGAAGACUCGAGCUCAGCUUUCAGUGAAGAACAAGCGACAGAGGCCUUCUAGAACAAGGCUGUAUGACAGCAUCAGUUCAACUGAUGGAGAGGACAGCCUUGAACGAAAGCCGUCAAACAGUUACAGUAGUCCCAUGCACAUUUCAAAAUCACCACUGCCCUUUUGCAUGAGAGCAUCCUCACCAGCAUCAGAUUCUGGUGCUUCCUCCCUCUCCCCUGUGGCUAGCAGUGCAGCAAUCUCACUUGACAACCUAACUGAAAACCAAGAAGAAGGACAGCACCGCAAAGGAGGUGUCCUUCCCCCACAUGCUCGGGGAGACACUCCACUUUCCUCUCCUUCAAAAUCUGGGCACAGCUCUGAAGCAUCUCCUUUGCAUCACCCAGCUGGCAGGAAAAUUUUACAGUAUAAAGAUGGUGCCACAUGUGCUCAGGCAGCAAGAACAACUAGCCCGACUAUAGGGCAUACAGAAAAACUAAAGCGAAAACUUGCAGAUCUUGGGGCUCCGUUGAGAAGGAGUUCAAACAAGGGCAAGAAGCGGAAAGAGAAAGAAGCUAUGAGGGUGACCUGUGGCAGUAGGACUGCCAGAGAGAUGCUGCAGAAAUCAACAAACACUAAAUCUUUAGCAGAGCAAUCCUCCUCUCUCCCACGCUGUGUACCAUUCACAUGGUAUGGAGAGAGUGGCAAGGGAUCCAAUUCUUCUAGCAACCUGCCAUCACCUACCAGCUCAACUGAACCUUCCUCUGAAAAUUUAAGUCCAGCUAAAAAAGGGUCAAAGAAUUUCACAUUCAACGAUGAUUUCAGUCCCAGCAGCACAAGUUCAGCUGAUCUGAGCGGUUUAGGAGCAGAACCCAAACCCCCAGGUCUCUCACACUCCUUAGCACUGUCAUCAGAUGAGAGCCUGGAUAUGAUUGAUGAUGAGAUCCUUGACGAUGGACAGUCUCCUAAGCACAGCCAGUGUCAGAGUCGUGCUGUUCAGGAGUGGAGCGUGCAGCAGGUUUCCAACUGGUUAAUGAGCCUGAACCUUGAACAGUAUGUUUCUGAAUUCAGUGCCCAAAACAUUAACGGGGAGCAUCUCCUUCAGCUGGAUGGGAGUAAGCUCAAGGCUCUUGGUAUAGCAUCUUCCCAGGACAGAGCAAUCAUUAAAAAAAAGCUAAAGGAAAUGAAAGCAUCCUUGGAGAAGGCUCGCAAGGCUCAAGAGAAAAUGGAAAAGCAAAGGGAAAAGCUUCGGAAGAAGGAACAAGAGCAGCUGCAGAGGAAAUCGAAGAAAACAGACAAGUCUUCAUUGGAUGCAACAGAGGGCACUAACGAGCAGUGAUAAGCAUAAUUGCUGCUGUAUUAGAAGAGUGGAGGCACUUCAAGGAAAGAGCAACUCCUAUCCACUCUGAUGCCCCUUCAGCUUUCUUGCAGUAAUGACACAAGAGUGUGCACAGAGAAAUGGGGCUGUACCUAGAAUGACUAGGGAAAUUUGUAUUGUGUAGUUUUCUUUUCCCGCAUAUCCAGUUCACUCUCGUUGUUGUUGCCAUGUGAAACAGCCCCAGCCCCUUGGUUUGGUUUGUUGUUGUUGACAAGAGAUUUCAUAUUUGUGUGGCGGUGUUUUCUUCCAAACUGCUCUUCUCUGUUGAGCUCUGUGUGUUUGGUCACUUCAGUAACCAGCAUGAUGCUGAGAAGCAUGGUCCACUGCUUCACCUCUUCUGAAUAGGAUGGCCAGUCAAAACAAUUGGUACACAUUUCUUCAGCUGGGUAAAAGGAGUUGUGCUCUGUCCAAUAAGAGUUUACUUAACUUUCUAACUGGAAGUUCAGCUUCUUUAUGGUGUUUGGAUACUCAGUUCUGUCUACUGGAAUAACUUUCGUCUUGCAUCAGUACUUUGAAGUGACACUGCUCUGGAAACACAACUGUUCAGUGACUUCUUAUUAUACACUGGAGACAGGAGAGUCGAUACCCCCCAGGUAAAAGACAGGAGGUGAAACUCUUCCUGUUAACUGUACAAUAGCUAAUCCAGGAAGGAGGCAAAGCCUUAAAUGAUUAUGUGGGUUUACACAGAAGUCUGAGGAUAACAUUUAUCCUUUAGAUAUCUGAGCAAGGAUGAAUUUCUAACUAGAGCACAGCUUAUUGAUCUGUAUAAAUUUCCAUGUGCUCCCAGUGUGUAGGCAACUUUCUUAUGGCACACUCCGCUUUCUUUUUCAUGUGUUUUCAACAGGAAAUGGCUUACUUUGUUUUGGUUUUGAUUUUGGGGUUUUUUUCCAAGAAAAAACAUACACCUUCAGAAUCAUUCUCCAAUGAGCAUUGGGAGAAUAAGCUUUGUUCUGUGCUGUUAUGAAGCUGUUGUUGGAAAUCAUUAUCAAACUUGAGUCUGAUGAAGAUUUUCAGUUUUUACAGAAGUGCACUUUAAGAAGGGGAAGACGAGGGAUUCUGGUUAAAAUUAAACUCAGUAUAUUGCUUUUAAGGUCAAUGCUUCCAUGGAGGUGACAGUUACUAGAUCCAAAGCUGCCAUAUGUUGACUGUUUUGAUUUAUGUGUUUAAAGACUAUCCCCACCAAAACCUGAAGUUUUGGCCAUAGGCUGUAGAAUGUUUCUAUGGCUUAGCAGUGGUUGUAUUACAUCCUGCAGAGAUUCCUGUUUUCCUGGUAUAUGAGGCCAUCAGUGAAGCCUGCAGUGUAGUUUUGACUGUGACAGAAGCAGUGUAGAGCUCUCACUGCAUGGUACUACUGCCUUUUAAGAGUGGUAUUAAAAUAUUCAGUAUUUCUUCAAUGGAAUGGACAGACAACAGGCAGAUAUCCACAAUGAGAGGUAUUAUGUUACUGGCUUAUAGUCAAAAUUAACUACAUUGAAGCAUUUAUGGUUGAGAAACAUCACUUCCUUUUCCUGAAUCCUGGAAGUUGCAGUCUUUAUCUAGUCAUGCCAACCCAUAAAUUGUUUAAGAUGUUGAUGCAAAGUUAGAAUCUUGAACUUAAAACCUUGCCAGCCUAAAAAAAAAUGUAAAUAUUUAAUUACUUUGAAGAAGUACUUGUUUCAGUUUGGCUUGGCUUCUCUUCUGCUCAGUACUUUAUGGCAUUCAGAUUUGUGUGUGUAAAGUUCUCUGCAGCUGAAAUUCAAAAUUGUUGGGGUGCAAUGUUAAUGCUUAAAUUUCUUUUGAUCCCAGUGAUUUCUUUUGACAGGUAAAAUGGUCUGUAAACUGAGACCUAAUACACAACAGAUCUAAAUAACAUUAGCUUUAGUUUUCCUUGCAAUUUGAAUCACUGCAAGUAUCUGAUGUAUAUUUUAUUCAGAUUUAAAAAUGAAAUUGCCAUAAAAGAUACUUCCUGAUACUUCUAAAGGCUUGUGGUAUUUUUCUUGAGAUAGACCACUGACAAAAAAACACGUGCUAACAAGGAUUCCACAUUGCAGUGAAUCUUCCUGUGCUCUUUGUAGAAGAAAUGUUAUGCAAAUGUUUAACAGCCUCAUAAAACUACCACUGUGUUAUUAUAGGAAGUUAUCAAUUUAUAUUUGAGUAAGAGAAGUUGUCUGGAAGAAACUGGAAAUCAAUAUUUUAAAUGCUGUGUUGAUAAAUGCAUUUGAUGAUUAUUUUCUUUUAAAAUUAUGUUUGCAUUAUAGUAAUGUUUAAGUGGUUGUAUAUAGUUAUCUGAGGUGAUUACCCUUUUUUUUGUUCUUUGUUUUCUUAGAAACCUGAGCAACUGCUUGGCAUUAUACAUUGGGUUUUCAUUCUUGCUGCUUAGAACAGUGCCUAGUUAUUCUCUUUGUAAAUCAGAUUCUUACUCUGCAGAAUAACUAAUUCAACUCAAGUCCUUUAAGUAUUAUGGGAUUUUAUUCCUUUGGGAUCAUUUCAUUUUGUUAUUCUUGGUCCAAAAAAUACAGUAAACACCUAACUUAAAAAAGUAGUAGCUUAAAUUUAAAAUAAAACUGUAAAAUGCAUUUUGAUCAACAGAUGAAAACUAAGCAAACCGAGCAAUGACAAGAGUUUUGCUCUUCUUUCUGUUAUAACAGAGAUUUGUGUGUUUCCUUUUAUUAAGUAUGGUAACUCAUUGUUGGGACGUGCAAAAAUGUCACUGAGUAACAGAUGUUAAGCAGUUUGAAACUUUUGUUACUGUUCUGUAGGACAUUUAAAGUUGUGUUGCAUUUUUCCCCUUGAACCAUGUAAUGACAUUUAUGAAACAGGAGAUGUGGAUGUCUCAUUCUUAACUUAUACUUUCUGUAAGUCAGACUAAUGUGGGGCUUUGUGUAAUAGGAAGAAAAAAAAAAAUUCUAUGCUAAAUGACUGGAAAUACUUUCUCUUUUGGUUCAGCUGCAAGUGUCACUGUUGCCUACUUUUUUACUUGUGGAGCUAAAGCAAUUUUGAGUAUGUUGGCCAGUCUGUCCACCUUUAAACCAGUAUGCAGGCAGCAUGGUGUUUCCACACCUCUGGAUGUGUGUCUGAGUCAUCUUUACAGCCAGGGGCCUGCAGCAGGUUGGUGAGGUUAGCUUCUCCCUGGUCGUGAUGGAAGGCCGGUUCUGUAACCUUAGUUCUGCUCGUUGCUGCAGUAUUGCCAGGCUGUGAAUGUAUCUGAAAGGGUGUGGGAAGGGGAGUUAGCAAGACUUGGAACUCUGAAAAACAGAAAACAAAAGAUAAAACACUGCAGUUUACUUUAGUCCUUAAAAACCUAGUGUUUAUACUGAGAUUGUGGAGACAGUGGUGGCUCCUUGCUCUGUCCAGAUCAGCCAGGCAUGCUGACAUUACUCAUUUCCAGCUCAGGCAUCUCACCCACCACUCUGAGCAGGACUGGUGGUGGUCACUCUAAGUGGAGCCUUUUCUAGUUCAUAGGUUAGAAUUGCACAGUAGAACAGAAGCCAGUAAUUAAAAGCUGAACAGAGGUAAUGUUUGUAUCUCAGUGUAUAAAUUGCUUUUGCAUUUUUUUAAGCUUCUUAAAUUUUUUUGCAAAGGCAUCUAUUGUGCUAAGACUCAUUUGCUGCUAAGUUACAACAAGAAUGGAGCUUUUACAAAAAUUUCUGAGCAACUUUCCUCUGAAACUUGCCAGUCCUUGGAUCUCAUUGACAUGCAGAUGCUUGACACUGGGCAUCCGGGUUCUUCAUACUUCAGUGCUUCUGUCAAAGCCUCCUGUCUUCCUGAGCUGCUCCACCUUCACUUCCUGGCUCAAGUGCUGGCAAGUAAGAGGAGCCUACGGUUGUGUGAUUCUUGGGACUGAAUUGAGUCCCACUUUUAAGUCAGAGAAAAAAAAGGCUGUCUUGUUAAUAGUCAUUGUUUAGUUGUGUCUGGCCAAGAAGCACCAUUCCAGGUACCAUCGCAACACCGCAAAUCACAAGAAAAGGUUUGCACAGAUUCAGCUGUAGUUCUUGCAGGAUCUGCAGUGCAGUCUAUAAUGUUUCUUGUGAUGAAGCUUAGGGGAAGUUUUUAAGAAUUAAUUCCUGUGUUGAUUUCUUAGCUGAGUGUUUACAGAGAGAAAAUAAUACCAAGGCAAGAGCAAAACCUGAUCUUGCUCUUUUUAGGUGUGACCUCGUCCCCUGUCUUAUUAUCAAACCAAGUAAUAGAGGGGCUGGGCCCUUUUAAUAACACCUUCCUCAUUCCUUGCUGCCCCUCACUGGAAAACCUCAGGAAACCUAUGUUGUGGUCCAAAACACUAAAAAAACCAAAUGUUUGAAAAUAGCAGUGCAUAUUUAAUUAAGUUGCAAGUCAUUAGCUGUCAAAACAGGAAGAGUUCACAGAGCAGUUAGAUGGUUUGGGUUUAGUUUUGUUAAAUUAGUGAUUGAAAAGAAUGGAAUCAGUCUUUCUAGAAAUGUUGAAGUGAUUUGUGGCUUGAUUCCUCUUUAAAUAAAUACAUAUGGGCAUGUGUGUGUACAUCCAUGUGUUCAUUCAUGGAUAUUCAUACAGAUUGACACUGCACUAGUAGCAGUUGGGACUCUGGUAACUGUGUCUUACCGGGCUAUAGGCACACAGUCUAUGCAGUAGGCAGAGGGUCUGCAAGCUUGGAAGAGCAAAGUGCUACCCUGUGGUCUCACCAGCAUGGUCACCCCUGGCUGUGCUGGUGGCUUUGCUCCCUGAUUGCUUGUGGGGCUUUAUGUAUUUCGCAGAUCAAAAGAUUUUAAAGUUUUGUUUAAACUGUGUACAGAAUGGUCCUCUGCAGGUCCCUCUGCAUGUUGUCCUCAGGUUGUUUUUUUGGGGUGGGAGGUUGCCAGGAUUGAUUUAUUGGUGUAUCAGUAUUCUAGGAAAGAAACACUUUUAUUAAUAUAUUUUGUAACCCUCACUUUGAUUUCUGUUGGAGCACUUUCAGCAGCUCAUUUUUGAGCAGGAUUGUGAGUGACAUCCAAGGUGACUCACCCAGUCACCACAGUGGACCCUGGGUCAUCUGCAGGUUGCAGUCCCUUUUGUUGACCUGCCGUAUGUAUUUUGCUGUAUUUUUUUCCACCUGUAGAACUGGCUUUUUUGAAGCUGUGACACCUUAGUCGUUACAUAGGGCCCUCCAAAUCCCUCAUUAUAAAUUGAGCUUUCUCUUACUAACUGGCAGUACUAGUAGUGGUACUUUUGCUGUCAGCAUUAAGUAGUGAUGUAAAAGAUGUAGGAACUGGAAAGUUUGGGGUUUGUGCCCUGAGCUGCCUGUUUCUUUGGGAAGUUCAGACUGAACGUUAAGAACAAGCCACAGGGUUUGUAAAACCUGAGUUGGGCAGGUUUAUUCUUCCAGGACAAGGAGAGGUGAGGAGGGCUCACAGCUCAUGAGACGUGGUCUGACCCACGUAACCCAGGAGCCUGAGCCUCCUGCCAGGUUUUCAGUGGGAGCUUUGUCACUUACACCAGUAGAAGUGGAUUUAGGUCCCUAUGUGGAAGUGUCUGAAGGAAAGGGAUCCUAGGGCACUAGACGUUAAGGAGUAACCAACCCAUUUGGAAGUGGGGAGUGCACAGUGAACCUCUUCUGACUCUAUACUUUCCCAUACACAUUUACUGUCUGAGCAACUGCUUUUGUAUUUUCCAGUCACGUUGCAAUGGGAACUCACUAGUCACUGACAAGUGUUAGAAGUGUUGCUAGAAGACCAGGCAGCUAGAAAACUAAAAUGCACUGUGCUCACUGUAAAAAUUGGCUUCUUACAUUGUUCCUUUUUAUAUGGUUGAAGAGGUGAUUGCGCUUCAGAUUUUUUCCUUUUCUUUUUUACAAGAGAUCAAAUGUAUAUGAAGUGCAUGUUAUCCUGAACUUUUUGUUUGUACAUCUUGGUGUCUGAUCAUCUGCAUGAAAGACACAGUUGUGCCAUGUCUGAGCUUGUUCUCUUGUGCUUGGUUGAUAUGAACUUCUCUAGAUUGUUGAGUUUUUCCCCGGAAUAACUUUGGUUAAUAUUUAGUUAUUGGGAGACAUCAAAACAAAACAUCAUGGUGGCCCUUUGUUUUCUUACAGUUUAAAUACAAACAACAAAGCCUUGUGGUUUAAAGUUAAUUUGUUAGUGUAAAUAAAUUUCUUGCCAAUGAGUAUUAUUGUUGUUAGACAACGAAUGCAAUAAAAUGAGAAAUCCCGAAUCUUUAUUAGAA